AUGGCGCUUCAGAGCUUUUCUGUUACGAAAGGAAGCCGAGGGGCCUCCGAGGGAGAGUUUUGCAGCCAGCGAGCAGAAUUCACCAGCCCUGGCUGGGAUGCCAAUGAAAGUGAGAAGCGGAACAGAAAGCCUGAGAGCAACACAUGGAGUGGCCGAGCCGAGGGAAGCGAUGGAGACAGGAGUUGCCACAUGCUAAAGGUUUCCAACUCUGGACACAUCCUGAAAAGUUCACAGCUGCCGUUGGAUGAAAAACAGGAGGCUGACUGGGAAGCAACUUUGUCUGGCAAUGAGCAAACACCAGAUGAUGAUGAAGAAGCUUCAGAGGGGGACCGACCUGAGCAAGUGGUUAUUGGGGGAAGCUUGCUGGAAAGACCCAAAGGGAAAGGUUUCCAGGGUCUUGCGAUAGAAGAGAGAGUUGGAAGUCAUCAGGGAUCAGAAAAUCCUUCGGAAAACUCUCCUGGAAAGGCACCAAAACUUUGUGAGGAACCUGAUAGGGGCUUACCAGAGAGCACUUUUCAGGAGGGAAUCCGCAAGCACGCUGACACAGGGGAAAACCCCUGUCAGCGUUUUGUGAGUGAUAAACCCCACAAAUGCUCCUUUUGUGAAGCGAGUUUCUAUGAGAGAACGCACUUGGUCAUUCACGAGCGAAUCCACACUGGAGAGAAACCGUACAAAUGUUCUGUGUGCGAGACAUGGUUUUCUCACCCCUCGGAGCUGCUGAGGCAUGAAGAGACCCACAUGCCCGAAAAGCCCCACAAAUGCGGCGUCUGUGGAAAAAGCUUCAACCAGAAGGCCUCUCUGAUCACCCACGAGCGAACCCACACAGGGGAGAAACCAUACGAAUGCUCCGAGUGUGGGAAGAGCUUCAGCACAAGCUCCCAGCUCAUAACGCAUAAGCGAGUCCACACGGGUGAGAAGCCAUACAGUUGCUCCUACUGUGGCAAAAACUUCAACCAGAAAGCAUCCCUAAUCACCCACAAAAGAACCCACACAGGGGAGAAGCCGUACGAAUGUACACUGUGUGGGAAAAGUUUCAGUGCUUGCUCCCAGAUCAUAAACCCCAUCCAGGGAACACACACAGGGGAAAAGCCGUAUAAAUGUUCCGACUGUGGGAAAAACUUCAGCCGAAGUUCCAACCUGACGGCACAUAGCAGGAUCCACACAGGAGAAAAGCCAUAUAUUUGCUCAGGUUGUGGCAAAAGCUUCAGGCAGAAGGCGUCCCUCAUUACUCACAAGAGAACCCACACAGGAGAGAAACCCUUUGAGUGCUCUGAGUGUGGGAAAAGCUUCAUUUCGAGCUCUCGCCUCGUAAGCCAUAAAAGGGUGCACACCGGAGAGAAACCGUAUGAGUGCUUAGAGUGUGGGAAAUGCUUCAUUUCUAGCUCCCACCUUCUAAGCCAUAAGAGAGUGCACACAGGAGAGGAGCCGUAUAAAUGCUCAUAA